AUGAGCGGUCUCAAUCUGUGUCUGUCCCUUGCCGUUGUCAACUUUCAGCAUUGCAAAGACUUGGUUUCCCUUGCUCCAUUGACAGGAACGCCGAUGUUGAAAAUCGUUGACGUUCGCGGAAGUGGAGUGAGGGAUAUCAGUGGUAUCGAAUCGUGCACGUCCCUUGAGCAGCUGGAUGUCGGGUGGUGUGAUCAACUAAGAAGCCUCGCAUCGCUGGCCCGGAUGUCUUCGUUACGAAGCCUCAACGCAAACCGCAGCGGCAUUGAAGAUAUCACCGGCCUCAGCACCUGUCCGCAGCUUGUCAGUGUAAAGUUCGAGUACUGCGAUAAGUUGCUGGAUCUAUCCGCCCUCGCUGGCGCACCUUUGCUGAGUGCAAUAAACGCGAACCACAGUGGUGUCCGUCCUAUCACCGGCUUAAGCGAUUGUCCGUUGUUGGAAGAUCUCAAGCUUGAGCACUGCUCACAUCUAUGGACCCUUUCUCCGCUUGCAAACUCUCCGAUGUUGAGAAGCCUAAAAGCGAGCCACACCGGCGUGCGCGACGUAUUGCCACUCUUCAGCUGUCCUCGCCUUGAAACUGUGAAGCUGAAGCAUUGCAGCCAGCUGAAGUCUCUCUCAGGCCUCGCGGGCGCCCCAGCGCUCCGACUCGUCAAAGCUGGCUUCAGCAAUGUUCGUGACAUCUCCAAUUUGGCGCAGUGCGUCGCGCUGACCACUGUUGAGCUCGAUCAUUGUGAAUGGCUGACGAUACUUUCGCCAUCAACUGGGGCGCCGCAGCUGCAGCGAAUCGGAGCAAGCCACACAAAGGUGAGAAACCUCGACGGGCUUCGGUACUGCUCGAAGCUGGAAAUCAUCGACGUCAGAUAUUGCCCCGUUUUAACCGAUGUAUCACCUUUGUCUCGUACGCCGAAACUCCGCAUCAUUCUCGCCAGCCACAGCGGUGUGCAAAACAUCACCGGCUUGAGUGAAUGCCCUGAACUCCAGUGUGUCGAGUUCGACACAUGCAGAAACUUGUUCAGUCUUGCUCAGCUUGCAGGUGCCCCUCUGUUGGAGUCUAUCAAAGCAGCCAGCUCAUGUGUUCACGAUCUUUCUGGGCUCAAUACGUGCCCGAAACUCACAUCGGUUGAUCUCGAGGGAUGCAAGCAACUGGCCACCCUUGCUUCCCUGGCUGGCGCACCAUCGCUUACGACUGUCAACGCAGCCAACAGUGGAGUGCAAAGUAUCGAAGGUCUGGGAGCGUGUUCGCAGCUCAAGACUGUCUUCCUUGACAGCUGCAAAGACCUUUACAACCUCACGCCGCUCUCUGCGGCUGCACACCUGGAAGUGAUACGAGUAAGCAGGACUAAUUAUAGCGACGCUGAAUGCCCUCCAAGACUCCGACUGCUGUUGCUUCUCAACGAUUCUAAAGAAGAAGACAACGGAGACGAGCUUCACAACAACUCGGGAUACGCCGACUUCUGGGACUGA